AUGCCUGUGACGCAAUUUGAGACCAAGGAGAAGUACCGUUAUCAGAACGGCUUCAACAAUCACUUUGAGUCCGAGGCGGUCGAGGGCGCGCUGCCCAUCGGCCACAACUCGCCGCAGAAGCCGCCGUACGGGCUCUACGCCGAGAAGCUGUCGGGCACGGCCUUUACCGCGCCGAGGCACGAGAACAAGCAGACAUGGCUGUACCGGAUGCUGCCCUCGUGCGCGCACCCGCCGUACCAAGUAGCCGCCAAAGACGACGAGGCGGCCGAGGGCGGCGGCGGCGGCGGCAGCAGCAGCAGCAGCAUCAACACCAAGCUGCACUACAUCCCCAACCAGCUGCGGUGGGACCCGUUUGACCACGACCAGGCCAAGAGCGACGACUUCGUGUCGGGCCUGCGGCUGGUGGCGGGCGCGGGCGACGCGGCGCUCAAGCAGGGGCUGGGCAUGAUGGUGUACACGGCGGGGCGCAGCAUGGGCGAGCACGAGGCCUUUUACUCGGCCGACGGCGACCUGCUGGUGGUGCCGCAGGAGGGCGCGCUCGACGUGCGCACCGAGUUUGGCUGGCUGCUGGUGCGGCCCAUGGAGAUUUGCGUCAUCCCGCGCGGCGUCAAGUACCGCGUCGCCCUCGUCGGCGGCGCGCCCGCGCGCGGCUACGCCCUCGAGCUGUACCAGGGCCACUUUGCCCUGCCGGAGCUGGGGCCCAUCGGGUCCAACGGGCUGGCGAACGCGCGCGACUUCGAGGCGCCCGUGGCGUGCUUUGGCGACGAGGCGGGCGCGACGGCCGAGGCGUCGUCGUCGUCGUCGGGCUUUGUCGUCACCGUCAAGUUCAACCACGGCCUCUUCCGGACGACGCAGCCGCACACGCCCUUUGACGUGGUCGCCUGGCAGGGCAACUACUACCCCUACAAGUACGACCUCGGGCGCUUCAACACCAUGGGCACCGUCUCCUUCGACCACCCGGACCCGUCCAUCUUCACCGUGCUGACGGCGCCGUCGCCCGUCGCGGGCACCGCCGUCGCCGACUUCGUCAUCUUCCCGCCGCGGUGGCUGGUCGGCGAGGACACCUUCCGCCCACCCUGGUACCACCGCAACACCAUGAGCGAGUUCAUGGGCCUGAUCCGCGGCGACUACGACGCCAAGCGCGCCGGGUCGGGCGGCUUCGCCCCGGGCGGCGCGAGCCUGCACAACGUCAUGAGCGGCCACGGCCCGGACGCCGAGAGCUGCGAGGCCGCGCGCGAGGCCGCGCUCGCCCCCGCAAGGGUCGGCACGGGGAGCUGCGCCUUCAUGUUCGAGAGCUCCCUGAUGCUGGCCGUGUCCGACUGGGGGCUGCGCACCUGUAAAAAGGUCCAGCAGGGCUAUAGCGAGGAGAGCUGGGGCGCCGUCAGGAAUCACUGGCAGAUGCCCGCCGGCAAGCAGGUGCGCUCCCACUUGCUCGACUGA